UUCGAUACAGUGUUAAUAAUAGUAAUACUAAUUAUAAAACUUUGAAGUUUAAUAACUUGUGUUCGAUAUCUGUGCGGCUAAGCAAUAGUAUAAACCUUUUCGGUACCUAUAUUCCUUACGGACGGACGAAGGUGUAAACAUGUUGCGAGGGUUGAUCCUCAUUUUACUCUGCACGCAAGUUGGCGCAUUUUUCAACUGGUGUUUUCGCCAAUCCGCGCUGGAUCCGAGUGAGAACCGUUUUGUAAUUGUAACGUUGGUGUCCGAGGAAUGCCGAACGCCAAUAGAGGGAGCCUCGUUCAAACAGAGAUGUUUCGGAUCUCAAACGACAGAGCUUGUGGCGUCAGAGGUACUUCCAGGAAUCUACAUCAUCCUGCUGCCUCCCCGGUUUGUUCGCAUGAUUGCUUACAAGGACGACUAUCGACCAGAGUCCAUCAGUGUUGGUCGCUCCGAAUCGUACGAGUAUGCAAAAAUGAGAUGUUCAGAACGUCUAUGCUCUACACAGGCAAUAACGUUAACGAUGACGUCAUCGAGUGGCGAUGAGCCACUGCCGACCCUAAUUGCGUCCACAAACGCCGUUGAUGUCGACCAAGUGGGUAAGGGCGUGUUCAAGAUGCACGUCUGUUCACUUCCGGCGGAUGUUGUGAUAAUAGCGGGAAAUCAGACAUCCACCAUGACCGUGACUGGAAGCACCGAGAUUACUAACGAUUCCUCUGUGCAUAUCGAUUAG